AUGACAGGCCUGGAUCCACAAACCGACACCAUCAUGAGCAUAGCAUGCAUUCUCACCACCUCGGAUCUCCAACCAUUGGACUCUCAAGGGUUCGAAGCCGUCAUCCAACACACGCCGGCCCAACUAUCGAAAAUGUCGGAAUGGUGCGUGCGCACGCAUGGUGCCAACGGCCUGACUCAACAGUGUCUGUCCAGCACGACCACUGCAAAAGUCGCAGCCGAAGCUUUACUAGCUUAUAUCAAGCACUACAUCCCAGAGCCUGGUCGGGCAUUGCUUGCGGGCAAUAGCAUCCACGCCGACAAAGCAUUUUUGACCGUCCCGCCCUGGAACAUUGUGCUGGAACAUCUGCACUACCGGCUCUUUGACGUGAGUGCCAUGAAGGAAAUGGUGCGACGGUGGGCGCGGCCCGAGGUGCUGGAGGGCGCGCCAAAAAAGCAGUUGAAGCAUUCUGCCCGUGAGGAUAUUUUGGAAAGCAUCGAAGAGGCAAGGUAUUACAAGAAGCUGAUUGAAGGGAUGAUGCUGGCGGCCCCAACGACUUCUCCUGCCGCUGCAGCUGCCGCUGCUAUCAACAACACUGCUGCUGGUCGUCGAAUCGCACAGGAAGGAGUACCUCCGCUCCAAGCUGCAACUACAGCAACUCUCCCAAGCACUGGUACUGGUGGAGGUGGCCAAGAUCACGUUCACCACGCCGUACCACAGCAGCAACAGCAGCAGCAACAUUUGCAGACACGGCCCCCGCAGUACAAUCCACCAAAUCCCAACCAGCAGCAACAACAGCAAUCCCAACCCCAACCCCAAAUCCAGCAACAACAACAACCACCCCAUCUCCAAAGUCAGACCAAGUCUCCUCUACAAGCAAAGAAUUCCGCCACCGCCGUCGGAUUUGGACCAACCAAUCAAGCUCAAGGUCGAACCCAUGGUCAGGGUCAGGGUAAGGACCAAAGACAAACAGACGGCCCCGGAAACCAAUACGUCGAUUACCCUACAAACACCAACAACCCCAACAACGACAACAGCAACAACCAUAUAAGACAUCCUGGUCCUGGACCCGCUCCCGCCCUGAAUACAAAACAAGGCCAGGAAGCUCUACAGAUGAUGUCGAACAAUGGUAAUAGGGCAGGUGAUGUGGGUACGCUGGACGCCGGGUUUCGGACUGAUGUUCCUUGA